AUGACAUUUCACGUACGCAGGCAUGAUCAGUCAGCACGCACCUUAGCAAAAAAGUUACGUUUUAACCAUCAGAUGUCGUUAAAAAUCCUCCACGAUAGGUCUGCAGUAAUAAUGAUGGGUCUUUUGAUAGGAGUGUUUCUUGUUUGCUACGGGAUGCAUCUGCGUUGGCGCUGUGUUUAAAAGAAUAUUACAAAGUUAACUAAAGCUUACCACUUGACGCGCGUAACUCAUUCUGGUAAGAUGUAAGUCUUUUAUGAACGAGUGUGAAAGGCUUGAGCAAUUCAGUAAAAGACUGAUAAAUUUGUGAGGCUUGGACGCAAAGCGAAUUGAAAUUUGGAAAAAAUGGCGCAUUAGGAGAGAAAACAAGAACCUUUGGACCCUCAGAGAAUACAAAAUACAAGGGAAAGGACUUAGGAUCAAGUUUCACAGGUGGUGUGAGACGCAAGUUCUUAUUCGAUGCAACUUUUUAGUUUCACAUCACGAGAGUAUAAUUUUGUGUUCACACCGGCUGCUACCAAAGCCCGCUUUGCUUCACUUGCUCGAUUUUGGUAUACUCGAGCAAGACUCUGCAUCAAUUGAGUAACAAAGAUAGCGUGAGCAUGUGCCGCUUGUUGCUUGGAUACAGUUCGAACGCAGGCUUAAUAGCCGUGCGCUUUGUACAGCGGGCUCAUCGGUUAUGACCAUCAAUUUAUCAAUCUGAAACGGAUGCUCGCACUCUGAAUACCAGUUUGACCGGAGAAAACAAGAUUGACAAGUUCAGAAGUUCGAGGUUCGGUGACUUCAUAAGGCUUGGCGCCAAUUUUCCUCCUCACCGAGGUUAAUUUUGUUCGUUCAACAGUCUUCGUAAUCAACUCUGUUAAGGGCGAUAGAUUCCUAGAAUGUACCGAACCGAACUGAAAGAUUAACUCUACGAUAUUCUUGUUAUAUGAAUUAAUUUCCUUGUUGAGAAAAACACAAAGAAAUGUAGUAGUUUUGUAAUCUUUCCGUGCAAGUUUAUUUCAGGUUAGUCUUGCAGGUGUGACUGAAAUGAUAAAAUCGUGUAAGGUGUAAAAUGACUUGUUAUGGAGAAAAAAGGUAUAGCUAUCAAAUGCGUCACCUUUUUCGCCCCGGUUACACGAACGUAAGGCUCAUUUUCCUUUAAAUUCUGUAGAAAUCAUGACAAAGAAAUAAAUAUUGGUUGCUAAGGAAGCCCAACAGCAAAUUGGAGCUACGAGUUGUUUGUGGCUGGAACAAUAUUAAAAUCGUUGCAUACCGAAUGAAUAAUAAAACCUUCCAAUUUAGCAGUACGAAAUAAAAAUGCAGUAGAAGGUAUUUAACUAAACAAUAUUAAUAAUUGAUUGAUAACUGAGCUAGUGAAACAGUUGUUAAAGAUCAUAUCGACACCCCAGGCGUCUUGCGCCAUGUAUAUAUAUAUAGUGAAAGGAUUAUAAAAUAACAAGGUUUUAUAAAUAAUCAAUAAACUGUUGGACAAGAAGUUUUUGUGAAGAGGGUGUUUUUUUCCACAGUUGAACUGCCUUUAAAAACUUAUCGACAUUGUGUUUCUGUUUCACAUCGUGGUCAGUUAAUUUUUUUCCUUGCUCAAUUUGUUAACUGAAAACCUUUGCAUACUCUAUUUAGUACAGCAGUGGAAUUAAACGGAAUAGACUGCAUGCAUGGGCAGAUUACCGUGAUGCUGCUGGCUCAUGUCUGUCUUGUUUUAUUUUCUCGCUUAGGAAUAGUUAACAACAACGGUGGAAACGUUCUCAGGCAAAUUUAGUGAUAUUAGAGACAGCCUUUUUAUUUAUUAAUGCACUUUUGUAGUAAUUUGUAGCAGACCUGUCGCAAUUUGUAAGAAAUACAUGAUGUCGUCGGCUGCAAUUUAGACUAAAGUGAAGGUAUAUUUUUUUUAAUCAGCUAAGGUCUCGGUUAAUUCCAUCUGUUAUAACUGAAAGACCAGACUGGUUUAGUUGUAAAGAGAAUAAUUAAGAUCCAGCCAGAUCAGAGCUAUUUAGAUUAAGAUCGGCAAUGUUGGAAUGUCCCUUUCCAUUUGACAAAAUUGUUGUCUCAAAUACCGCUCUUUUGUAGCAACGAUAACCAAACGCACUGUGGCUUUGGUCAGGUCGAUGUAGUUCCAUUGGGCAAGUGGAAUUUCCAACAUUUCAACCGGAAUUUUUGUUGUAUUGAAAGCGCCCAUUGGCUUUGAAUUACAGCACGCAACUAUCCUCAUUUUCCUACCCUUACCAAAUCCAACACUGUUUUGAAUGUAUUUUUAAGCUGUUUUUGAAAACUGUUUUUAACCUGUUUGGUGAAAUAGGUUUUAAAUAGGGUAAAAAGUGUAUUUUUAAUGUAUUUUUCGACUGCUUUUAAAGGUGUUUUAACCUGUUUAAAACGCUAUUCAAAAAGAAUUUUUAAAGUAUUUUAAAAUGCUUUUAAAAUAUAUAAAAAAUUCCAGGGCUUUUGCAAGGCUCAAAACAGGUCAAAAACAGUUUUUAAAUACCUUAUAAAUCGGAAUAAAAACAGGACAAAAACAGUUUCAAAAACAUAUUUUAAUUUACUAUACUAUUUUAAAACUAUUUUUAAUGGCAAUUUUAAACGUAUUUUGAAAAAAAACCGGUUUAAAAUAGGUACAAAAAUAUAUUUUUGAUAUAUUUUUCGACUGAUUUUAAAGGUGUUUUAACCUGUUUAAAACGCUAUUAAAAUGUUAUGCUUCAAAAUAUAUUUUAAUAGCUGUUUAAUCGCUUUCGAAAUUUAGUAAAAUACUCGUAUUUGCAAAUACAAUAAAAAUACUUUGAAAACAGUAUUAAAAUACCACAGAAGAAGAAAAGCAAUAGCACACAUAUAUUAUGAAUUAAAUACAUCAAAAAUAGGAUGCAAAAAUGCCAAAACAGUAUAAAAUUGUAAGAACAUAGCCUUAGAGUUGUCUGAAAACAGUAUAAAAAUCGGUCGAAAGAGCAUAAAAAUAGUACAAAAACAGGAUGGAAAUACCAUUUAAAUUCAUGAAAUAAAAUGAAUACAAAACCGUCGAAAAUUACCCUGAAAAAGCAAGAUUUACCUCGGCGAAAUUUCGCCACACAGUCCUAGGCUAGGACUUCAAGAGAAUUAUCUCUUAGCCGAUUACUUUACGUUGAUUUCCCUAAGAAUUCUCGGGAAAUUCUUAUGGAAUUUUUCAGAAAUGCUCAAAUCAAUCUUUAGCCUGUGUACAGACCCCUUCCCUCAAUAAAACUCGGAGGGGGGGGGGGGGUAUGUACACAGGCUAUCAACCUUUGGCUUCAAAAGGGUAUAACGUUACUGACGUUACCGGUAAAUAUUAAUCUACAUGCAUGUAACUUACAUUGUUUAUUAUAUUCACGGCUUUACUCAAAUAUCAUCAGAAGCUUAAUGCAGGCUACGCCUGAACAUUAAUUAGUGGCUGAUAAAGAACAGCAUACGAAUAAAUUUACGCGAGAAUGAAAGAGGCCGGUGACGUGACAUCAAGUGACUGAGAUCAUUUAUACAAAACAGCGAGUCUCUGCAAGGAAUCCUGUAAAAAGUAAAAUUGCCGUACGGGCGCGACUAUAUAAAUGUUUACUACCCUUCAUUUGUUUCUCAUAUGGCGUAUAUCUAAGCGUCUUAGUAACAUUGUAUAUUUAAUACUUACAAUUAGACUCCUUGGACUCUUCUCCUGAACCAGAACCUUUCAAAGUACAUAACAGUCGCUGAGGAGUCAUAACCAUUUUUGAUUCGUGAUAAAAGCAACAUCUACGUGUUCCGACAAUCCGCAGAGUUGGAGUGUACUUUUGUAAGAUCGUAACAAACAGUAAAAUCAAGCGCAUUUAAGCUCACAGCAACCGCCCGGGAGCAACCGCCGGUUCAAUAAUUUGAAAUGAGCAAAGGACAAAGGACGGUUUGCUUAUCACGUGCAUUUGUCACAUCACCGCGGCGCGAAGUCGUGAUUUCAGUCGCGCGUGACAUCUCAAAAAUAAUAUGCCAUGCAUGUGCGGAAUAGUCUAUGAGAGAAAGAUAACCAUAUGUCGGAGUUUAUUCAGAUCUGAGCGUUGUUUCUUAGUGCAAUAUAUACGAGGUGAGAUCUUAGCUUGGAUAGUUUGUUUUAAUUAUUAUGAAAUUUCAAGGACUUAUUUUAGACAAAUCUCAAUUGACCGCGUGCAUCCGGUUCUCGGCCCGCGGCUUCGGCUGUUUGCGAAAAAUUUCUACAUGAAAAUUAAAAUGUGAUUUUAAGAAUUUUCUUUUAAAAAAACUUAUGGAAUGUCCCGUAGCUGCAUUAAUUGAAUCACGGCUAAAAUCUAGGCGGAGAUUUUCGCAGAGAGCUUGCAGGUAAUGAACAUUGAGGAACGGAUUGAUCCUUUAUCGGCACACUGUCACAGUUACGUGUUGUCAGUCAAAGCUAAAAUCUGUUCCUAAUUUUCUUCUCUUUUUUCAAUUUCUUUUUGAUUUGCUGGGAGAUUUAAUUUUUGGCUCCGCCUCGAGCUUUAUUGAGAGAAGAAUCCGGUCCACAAUAUGACAGCUUGUUUUGAGUCAUUUAUGAGUUCGUGACACGAUGAAGGCUUAAAAAUUAACUUUGUGCAAUUGUUACUUUUAUAGUCUGAGUAUAAGUAUCCCAAAAUACAUUACAAUAUUGCACCUCAAUAAUAAUAAGUAAUAAGUACUCUAUUUUAAAGUAUUUAAAUUAAGGUCAGCAUUUGAUGUCUUUCAGCAGACUUUAAAUAUUUUAUGUACAAUCUGUUUUUAUAGUCAGAGUGUUGUGUGCCCAAAAUACAAUUCAAAUAGACCUCAAAACAGUGUUUAAGUACCCUAUUUAAAAGUAUUUGAAAUGCGGUCAGUAGUUAAGGACUUAAAACAUAUUUCAAAUAGUCGAUUUGAACUCUGUUUGUAACUUUAUGAGUGGAUGCGUCUCAAAAUACAUUUUCGAUACAACUCAAAACAGUUUUAAAGUACCCUAUUUAAAAGUAUUUAAGAUACGGUCAGCAUUUAGAUUCUCAAAACAUAUUUUAAAUACUCUAUUUGAAUUAUGUUUGUAACUUUGUGAGUGGAUGCGCCUCAAAAUACAUUGUAGAUGCAACUCAAAACAGUGUUAAAGCACCCUAUUUAAAAGUAUUUAAAAAACCGUCGCAUUUAAGCCCUUAAAACAUAUUUCAAAUAGUCUAUUUGAACUCUGUUUGUAACAGUGUUAGUGGUUCUAUGCCCAAAAUACAUUUGAAAUACCCUAUUUUAAUCAUAUUUAUUAAACAAAAUACAUUGUAAAUUGAUGAGAGAGGUUUUCCUUUUGAUGAAAUAUAAUUUAACUACACUUAAGAUAUAUUCCAAACAGGGGCGAAAAUUUAAAUUUUUUUCUCAAAUAGGAUUAAAAUAUAGGAAAAUAGUAUUCAAAUACUGAAAAUACAUUUUAAACACUUUAAAAUCAGUUUCAAAAUACAUAUGGUUUGGUAAGGGUACCAACUGUGUUGCGACAGCUCGGUCGCUACUGCGCAUGCGAAACACAUUAUUAUUAGAAAUUACCAAGUUUAUGACAAAGUAGGACAAUCAAAAGGACUUCCGUCUAGUAACAUACAUCUGCCAGUGAAUAACUCACAACCUCCUGACAUUAUUGCGAAGAAGAUGUUUUUCUUUUAUCUGUAGUUAAUAAGGACCUCUCUUAACUGCCGUUACUACGGAUGGAGACCUGGUUUUGGAUUCUUGGAUUGGUUCUUUCGUUUCUUGCCAUCACUGGAAAUGGAUUUGUGAUCUUCCUCGUCUGCAGCAGACGAAAUCUCCACACCAAAACCAACUCGUUUAUUGUUUCACUUGCAGUAGCGGAUUUCUGUGUUGGUUUGAGCAUUAUUCCUUCUUUGUUUGUAUGCGACGUUACAAAAACCUGUGACUGGCCUAAGGCUUUUCCUUCAUGGAAAGAUGUCGUAAGGUGGCUGUUUAGCUACUUGUCUGUUUUAAAUUUGUGUUCUCUGGUGCUCGACCGUUAUAUCGCCAUCGUAAAGCCUUUUAAAUACAUAACUUUCAUGACUCGAUCUCGUGUUAUUCAAGUGAUAACUUCCUGUUGGAUAGCGUCAUUUACGCUGGUUGCGCUCAAGACCGCACUUCGGCUUUGCUGUGAGACCCCUCUGACUAGUAUCGUUGCAGUUGUGGUUUUAAUGAUUUCCAUGGAAAUCUUUCCAUGCGUUCUGCAGAUACUCUGUUUUGUGUCAAUGUUAAUUCACGUAUGGAAACAAGAUCGGUCAGCACGCACCCUAGGACGGAUAUCUUUUAAAACCCGUAACGAGAAGUCUGCAGUAAUAAUGAUGGGUAUUGUGAUAGGAGUGUUUGUUGUGUGCUACGGAAUAUAUUUACGUUGUAGUCUCGUAGUACUAUCCGACACAAAUGCAUCAUGUAAAGAUGAACAAUACAAAGUUCCUGUAUUGGUUUUAAACUCGGCCAUUAACCCACUGUCUUAUGCUUUUUUCAAAAGAGACAUAAAGAAAGAGUUUAAAAGGCUUAUCAGUCAGCUGGUUUAA